AUGGCUCUUCGUUCUCUCCAUGGUUUCAUAUUCAAGCCAACUGACAAGGAGUUGUUGCAAUAUUUGGAGGCUUUCGUCCUCGGAAAACCUCUGAAGCACACCUUCGAUUUCUUCGCACAGGAAGAUCUUUACGGAGGGAAAGAGCCGUCUGAAAUUUUCGGCUCCGGCGGCCUUAUGACCCGCUAUUACUUCACUGAGCUGAAGAGAAAAAGCGAACGUGGCUCAAGAUUUUUGCGCGGCGUCGGAGAUCGCGGGACGUGGAAGGGCCAGGACGCAGGACAGCCUAUCAGAGUCGGCAAGGAAACCAAAACAGUUAUGGGAUUCAAGAAAAGCUUGCGGUACGAAGCCAAAAAAUCAAAAAGCAAGGGCGGCGCCGAUGAACGUCGUGGGGAGGUUUGGCUCAUGAAGGAAUAUUCGCUGUCGGAUGAUUAUCUCCGGGAUAAAAACGUUGUCCUCAAGGAUGUCGUACUGUGCCGGAUAAAGAGAGUCUUUAGAAACACAUCAAGAAGCCGUGAAUCAUCUACUCAGAAUUUUAAUGAAAAUGAUACUCCUUUGGAGAUUUACAAUUGGCCGGAAAAUGAUAACGUCAUGGUAUCUCUGCCACCUUCGGAAACUUCAACUUUGCCCGGAGAGGUUUCCAGUGGAGUUGAUGAUGUAUAUGGCGGAAUGAGCGCAAUGGGCAGUGGAGUUAAUGAUGCAUAUGGAGGAAUGAACGCAAUGGGCAAUGAUCCAUUACUAGAUGAUGAAUUAGAUGAAUUGUUGAGGAAAACACCACCACAUGAUAUUUUUGGAGAUUACAAUUUUUUGUCUAAUAUCCCGGCCCCAAAAGAUAAUGAAAGGAUAGAUCACCCAGGGCCAGUGCCUAUUUUAAGACCAUUUAAUUAA